CACCAACAUCUUCUGCAGCUACAGCUGCUUUGAAGAAUUAUUUUUUUAUUUUUUCUCAUUUCAACCAAAAGUUCUUUAUAAAGAACGGUGAAUAGAAAAAAUAAACAAAUAACACACUUUAAAGUACUGCUAUUUAUAAAUUAGUCCUUGUCCUACAUAAAUUUUAUUGUGAUAAAAAUGAAGGCUAAAAUAAAUAAUGAGAUCUCAAAUAAAAACACAGAGGAGCAAGGACAUACUCGUGUUCAGUGGAUAGUGGUAGUGAUAGCUUCACUGAUGAUGUUCUUAUACGGGAUGGAGAACGGCUGGAUGUCACCCAUGACAAAAGUUCUGACAUCGGACCAGUCUCCCACUGGAUACCCUUUGUCGGGCACAGAGCUAUCAUGGGUCAGCAGUGUUUUACCUCUUACGGCAGUGUGCUUGGUGCCGUUGUAUGCGUUCAUAACAGAUGCGUACGGAAGAAAAUUUGGUGUGUUGGCUGUGGGAAUACCUCAACUGAUAUGCUGCACAUUGAGGCUCUUUGCUACCAACACUACAAUGCUAAUACUAUCCAGAGCAUCAGCCGGAGUUGCAGCAUCGGGCUGUUUCAUCUCUAUGCCUAUAUACGUACGUGAAAUCUGCCAGGACAGCAUCCGAGGUGCCACGGUCGCUUUUCUCAUGCUGAUGCAGAACUUUGGCCUUCUCACCAUGUACUUAAUGGGCAGUUACCUGAGCUACCACAUCAUUCUUUGGAUAACGAUUACUAUAACAGUGUUGGCUAUCGGGCUUAUUAUAUUCGCCCCCGAGUCACCGGCUUUCUUAGCGAAAAAUGAAAAAUAUGAUGAGGCUGCCAAAACUUUAGCACUUCUCCGAGGGUUGGAGGUGAACCACAAAAUUAUAGAACUCGAGAUUAAUGAAAUGAGAAAUGAAGAGCUGCGUUACAAAUCACUGCCUGAAAUCACGUUUAUCAAUAUUUUCAAGAACAAAGCGUGGCGUAGCGGAUUCCUUCGCGCACUCCUAGUGAAUACUUCGCAAUCCGGCAAUGGCACCUUUGCCAUCAUGACCUACGGCUGGGUGAUUCUGUCCUCCUCGAAGAUUUCCAUCGACCCUGACCUCCAGACCUUGGUGGUGCCAAUCCUGAUGAUCUUCGGGUCUAUGGUUUCGUUAGUGUUCGUGCAGAAAUUCGGAAGGAAGGUCAUCAUCGUGUCUAUGCAAAUUCUGAUAGCAGUGGCAAUGACAUGCAUGGGUGUAGUGCUAAUGCUGCAGCACAGUGGUUUCAGUCCGCCCGGCUGGGUGCUGUUAUUGUCAGUCGCCAUUUCUGUUUGGGCCUACGCUGCUGGUGUAGUGUCCAUCUUCUACGUGAUCGUCUCGGAAAUGUUCAGUUUUCAGGUCAGAUCGAAGAUCAUGGGCAUCUUAGUCUCAUACUCAUGGUUCGUGUCAUCACUACAAUUGAUAGUUUUUGUACCCAUCAGUGAAAUGUUCGGUAUGCAUACGAUGUUCUUCAUUUAUGCUGGGGUUAACGUCUUUGGCGGUGUUGGUGCUCUGCUACUCAUGCCUGAAACUAAAGACAAGACAGUCGAAGAAAUAGAAAGAAUACUGAGCAAAUAAAUUCAUUUUCUAGUAGGUUGAUUUGAACAUUCGACGAUGGAUAUUUGACUUUUUACUUUUGAGCAUAAAAUGUGAGAUCCAAUUGAAAGAUAAUUGUCAAAAGGCAUACAAAUACAUUUAUCUCUAAUAAAUAGAAGUGAAGGGAUUGUACUAACAUUAAGGAUAAUUCAUUAAUUCAUUGAUAAAUCUCAAAUCUUACAACUUCUUGGCCUUUUGUUGUAAUCUGACACAGACGUAGAAUAUGAGUAAGAGAGGUCAGCUAAGAAAGGAAAGGGAAGGAAAACCCCUCUAAAGUGUUGGAUUUUAGUAAAACAUACAAUGACACUUCAAAAUUAAAAACAUACUAUGAUAGUUUUGAGACUUAAAAUCAUGAAAAUUGGUGCUAUUGAAUAUAAUUAAAAUAUUAAUUUUAAAAAUUUGAUGAUGUAAUGUAAAUAAGGGAAUUUAUUAUAAAAUGAUCUUAUCCUGAUCUGAUUACCCAGAAAAAAGGAAGUGAUAGUAUUUUAGGAACUUCAUCCCCUGAAGGGACAAAUUGGGGAAGUCAAUUAUAACCCAUGUAAGUUAAGCCGCGUGUGGCAAGCGACUCAGUUGUUUUUUAUACAAAUUUUAAGUUACGAAAAUAUGUUUUUAAUAAUAAUUCGCUAAUUGGUGCAAUUGUUUAAAACAUGAAUAAUUAUGUAUAAUACGAGCUAUAGAGGCAUAGGUACCUAGAUACUAAAGUCAUUUGGUAAUUUUAUGAUAAUAAUAUUAUGUCUUGAUAAUAAAACUAAAUUGUAUGUUUCCUAAGCAGCGCCAAAGUGGUUUUCAUGUAUACAUCCAAAAUGGAAAAUACAUUGAAA